AGGGGGCCUUCCAAGCUACAUGAAAACCGUGUCGCGGACUUAUGACGUCCUCUUUCAGCUACUCCAGAGGAGGAACAGAAGUUUAGGUCCGCCGUCCAUCCUAAAUCAACAAUGGCCGAGGAAGGCGUUGCCGCCGGAGGUGUGAUGGAUGUCAACACCGCUCUCCCCGAAGUGCUCAAGACCGCACUCGUCAACGACGGCCUUGCCCGCGGUAUCCGCGAGGCUGCCAAAGCUCUGGACAAGCGCCAGGCCCACCUGUGCGUCCUCGCCGCCAACUGCGACGAGCCCAUGUACGUCAAGCUGGUGGAGGCCCUCUGCGCCGAGCAUCAGAUCAACCUGAUCAAGGUUGACGACAACAAGAAGCUCGGCGAGUGGGUCGGUCUGUGCAAGAUUGACCGCGAGGGCAAACCCCGCAAGGUGGUGGGCUGCAGCUGCGUCGUCGUCAAGGACUAUGGCAAGGAGUCUCAAGCCAAAGACGUCAUUGAGGAAUACUUCAAAGCCAAGAAGUAAAAGGAGAAAAUAAAAAGACUUUGUAACUGA